AUGGCCCCCGCUCCGCCCCCCGCCGCCUCCUUCUCGCCCGCCGAGGUCCAGCGGCGCCUGGCGGCCGGCGCCUGCUGGGUCCGCCGCGGGGCCCGCCUCUACGACCUCACGGGCUUCGUGCGGCACCACCCGGGGGGCGAACAGCUGCUGCGGGCCAGGGCCGGCCAGGACAUUAGCGCCGACCUGGACGGGCCACCGCACAGGCACUCGGCCAACGCGCGCCACUGGCUGGAGCAGUACUACGUGGGCGAGCUGCGAGGGGACCCGCAGGGUUCCAUGGAGAAUGGGGCUGUAGCCUCUGCGGAAACUCAGAAGACAGACCCUGCUAUUGAACCAAGGUUCAAAGUGGUGGAUUGGGACAAGGACCUGGUAGACUGGAAGAAGCCUCUCCUGUGGCAGGUGGGCCACUUGGGAGAGAAGUAUGAUGAAUGGGUCCACCAGCCAGUCACCAGGCCCAUCCGCCUCUUCCACUCAGACCUCAUCGAGGCUCUCUCCAAGACUGUCUGGUACAGUGUCCCCAUCAUCUGGGUGCCCCUGAUGCUGUAUCUCAGCUGGUCCUACUAUCGAAUCCUCGCCCAGGGCAAUGUCCGACUCUUCACGUCAUUCACAACAGAGUACUCGGUGGUGGUGCCUGAGUCCGUGUUCCCCGGCCUCUUCAUGCUUGGCAUGUUCCUCUGGAGCCUCGUCGAGUACCUCAUCCACCGCUUCCUGUUCCACAUGAAGCCCCCCAGCGACAGCUAUUACCUCAUCACACUGCACUUCGUGAUGCACGGCCAGCACCACAAGGCACCCUUCGAUGGCUCCCGCCUGGUCUUCCCUCCUGUGCCAGCUUCUCUGGUGAUCGCCUUCUUCUAUGUGCUCUUACGGCUCAUCCUGCCCGAGGCAGUGGGGGGCACUGUGUUUGCUGGGGGCCUCCUGGGCUACGUCCUCUACGACAUGACCCAUUACUACCUGCACUUUGGCUCGCCACACAAGGGCUCCUACCUGUACAACAUGAAGGCCCACCACGUCAAGCAUCACUUUGCACAUCAGAAGUCAGGAUUUGGCAUCAGCACUAAAUUGUGGGAUCACUUUUUUCACACCCUCAUCCUGGAUGAAGCCCACCCGAAGACCCAGUGA